CGGAGAGCGGGUGGAGGGGGCAAGAUGGCGGCGUCGGGCCGGUACGCGGCCGUGCUGGUGCUGCUGGCGCUGGGCGGGCCGCGGGCCGAGCAGACGGAGGAGCACCUGAAGCGGGAGCACUCCCUCUCCAAACCCUACCAGGGUGUGGGCUCGGCCAGCUCGGGGCUAUGGGACCUGCAGGGUAACGCCAUGGUCAUGACCCACUUCAUCCGCCUCACCCCGGACGUGCAGAGCAAGCAGGGAGCCGUCUGGAACCGAGUGCCGUGUUACCUGCGGGACUGGGAGAUGCAGGUGCACUUCAAGAUCCACGGGCAAGGCAAGAAGAACCUGAACGGGGAUGGAUUUGCCAUCUGGUACACCAAGGAUCGCAUGCAGCCAGGGCCUGUCUUUGGAAGCAAGGAUAACUUCCUGGGCCUGGGAGUGUUUGUGGACACCUACCCAAACGAGGAGAAGCAGCAUGAGGCUCAGAAGAGGAGGUACAGCCCGGGAAAUCAGCGUGUGUUCCCCUACAUCUCGGCCAUGGUGAACAAUGGUUCCCUCACCUACGACCACGACCGGGACGGGCGCCCGACGGAGCUUGGGGGCUGCACGGCCAUGGUGAGGAACCUCAACCACGACACCUUCCUGGUGAUCCGCUAUGUGAAGAGGAGGCUGACGGUCCUCAUUGAUAUCGAUGGGAAGCACGAGUGGAGGGACUGCAUCGAUGUGCCGGGUGUGCGCCUGCCCCGUGGCUACUACUUUGGGACAUCGUCUGUCACUGGAGACCUCUCAGACAACCACGACAUCAUCUCCCUGAAGCUCUACCAGCUGACAGUGGAGAGGAGCCCAGAGGAGGAGAAGCGGGACAGGGAGGUCUAUCUGCCCGUCGUGGACAACCUGAAGCUGCCAGGAAUGGAGGCACCGCUGGAGCCCAUGAGUGGCCUGGCUCUCUUCUUGAUCGUCUUCUUCUCCCUCGUUGCCAUCGUUUUUGCCAUCGUCAUUGGUGUCAUCAUCUACAACAAGUGGCAGGAGCAGAGCCGGAAACACUUCUAUUGACUUGGGAAUAGCCUGGGAUAGCCCAUGGCUAGCCCUUGCUAGCCACCUCCUGCCUCCCACCAUUCCCACACUGGCCAGAGCGUGAUGGACCGACCCGCAUGGCAGGGACCUUUGCGUCCCCGCAGCAUCCCACUGGGGACGGCUGCUGUUUGUUGUUGGGCUCCAGACCUCCAGUGCUGCUCCUGGUGGGAGCGGGGAUCCCCAGUAUGUCGUGCGAUGGCUUCAGGGAUGGAGCUGCCACCUCCUGAAGGAGCUUUGCUUUGGGACUUGUUGAGGAGGAGGAUGGCAGGACAU